CGCCCCCGAGUGCGCCUGCGCGGAGCUCGUGGCCGCGCCUGCUCCCGCCGGGGGCUCCUUGCUCGGCCGGGCCGCGGCCAUGGGAGAGGCCGAGGUAGGCGGCGGGGGCGCCGCAGGCGACAAGGGUCCGGGGGAGGCGGCCACCAGCCCGGCGGAGGAGACAGUGGUGUGGAGCCCCGAGGUGGAGGUGUGCCUCUUCCACGCCAUGCUGGGCCACAAGCCCGUCGGUGUGAACCGACACUUUCACAUGAUUUGUAUUCGGGACAAGUUCAGCCAGAACAUCGGGCGGCAGGUCCCAUCCAAGGUCAUCUGGGAUCAUCUGAGCACCAUGUACGACAUGCAGGCGCUGCAUGAGUCCGAGAUUCUUCCAUUCCCGAAUCCAGAGAGGAACUUCGUCCUUCCGGAAGAGAUCAUUCAGGAGGUCCGAGAAGGUGAGACUCAGGAGAGGGUGGGCUUGGGAUUCAGAAAAGGCCAGACCCUGGCCAAGGGCAGGGAGGUGAGGGUGAGGACCCCGGGCCUCCAGGGAGGUGUGAGGGUCCAGCGCAGACCCCGCCCCACCUGUGCUUGGGUGGUCUUGGAACCUCCGGGAUUGGAGAGGACUUUGUUUGAGAGCAGUGGCUGGACGGAAGCUGAGGCCUGUGUGGGCGGCAAGCGUCGGAGCAGUCCCUGGCCUGACCAUCCCCCAGCGUCGGCCACCACCGUGGGUUUUCGGUGAGCGUCAGCUGUCUCCUCCACAGGAAAAGUGAUGAUAGAAGAGGAGAUGAAAGAGGAGAUGAAGGAAGACGUGGACCCCCACAAUGGGGCUGACGAUGGUGAGUGUGGAGCUCACCCUGCCCUGAUGCCCUUUGGGGCUCAGCACCCCAAGGCUGCCCUCAGGCAGGGCACAGUCAGGUGGGCGUAGAGCCGGCGGUGCAGAGGCCCCAGGCAGGUCAUCUAGGCACAGGAUGGAUCCUGCAGUGCCCCCUCCCCAGGAGCUGAGUGCCUGCUCCGUGUUGUAGGCCGGGGUCUGAGCCGCGGUCCCUGCAGUGCCCGCCGCAGGCAGGUCCUCAGGAGGACCGGGCCCCUCUGUGGGCCCAAAUGCCAGGGGCCCCCAGCUCAGGAGGAAGCUUUGGGUUCGGAGGGUCACGUGUCAAUAUGCAGAUUUUUUAACUGAACAGGAAGACAAAAAUAAGAUUCUGGAUAUUCUGUUUUCAGCCAAGUGAUUUUUUGUUUCUCAGUUUUUUCAUCUUCAGGGAGUUUGGGGAAAGCAUCAGAAAAACCCAGCAAAGACAAAGAGAAGAACUCCUCAGACUUGGGGUGUAAAGAAGGCGCAGACAAGCGGAAGCGCAGCCGGGUCACCGACAAAGUCCUGACCGCAAACAGCAACCCCUCCAGUCCCAGCGCUGCCAAGCGGCGCCGCACGUAGACCCUCAGUCCUGGCGGCAGCAGAGAAGCGGGCAAGGAGCUGUGGUCGAUGAGGGGGUCGGCUGGGUCUGAGUGCCACCCCCCAGGCCACAGUGGUAUCAUCCCAGUGCUGUGAGCCCACACUGCCCGCCGUCAGGCUCUCAGGUGAACGUGGCCAUCAACAGGGAAACGUGUGUGUCAGUUGGACCAUGUGGGACCCUGAUGGACCUGAAAGACCAGGAUCAAUCCAGCUCAGAUAUUGAGGGCUCUGAAGCCUCGUUCUGUCUUCUCUGGAGCAGCUGUGGCUUCCCCGUGGCUGCUUGGUGACAUGGAUUAGCACUACAUGGGCUGCAGCGUUUGGGAUCCAGGCUACCUAGAGGGGCAUCGGGCCAGGGGAAAACCUCGGAUUAGCAAGCAAUAAAAACAUGACCUCACUCUUCCUCAAAGGAGCCCCUGGUCUUCCCUGCGUGACUCAGUUCUUUCCAUUUGUUUGUCCCGCUGCAAAGCCUCUUUCUGUGCUGACUGUGACAUCAGAACAUGGCCUUCCUGUCACCCCUCCGUGCCAUGCACUGAAGGCCACCCCCCCUCUACCUGGGAAACUAAGAACUGGAUAUUUUGCCUCAUUCACUUGUACUGUAACAAUGUAUAUAAUUUGGUUGGUAUUUCACUAUUUAAUUUUUAAGAAGCCUAUUUUACUAGUGUUUUAUAUGAACAAAGUACUGCAGAAGUUAAACCUGUGUUGUAUUUUUUUGAGAUGUUUUGCUUUAAGAGAUACUUUUUGCUCAGUUUUUAUAUGCCAGAUACAGAGAAUUUGUAGCGGUUAUUUUUGUAUGAUCUAGACCAAAUGGGUGAGAGGCGGGGACCGUGCAGCUGUCGGGCUGAUGAGGAGGAGGCGGCCGCCCCAGUGCUGAUGGAGAUACCACUUUUGUGUGACUGCGAAAAUUAAAGCACAAAAAAAAUCCAA